GCUUCCAAUUAAUCAACCGGAGCCAUUCAAGGUAGACCAAUCUAUAUCUAUCCAUGAAGAGAUGCCAGGUCCUGAAUCAAGGAAACCUUUGGUGGAGCAGAAGAGACGGAUCAGAAACAUCCUAUGGAGAGUUCAGUACUCCUCGGCUCCGCGAUCCGGGAGAUGGAACGAGCGUCUGAGCUCACAACAAAGCUUCAGUCCCUUGUUGAGCUUGGCGACUGCAGUGACACGGCGAAGGAGUCGGCCGGGGUGCUCUCCGAGGAGCUACUGCAGGCCUGCAAUGUCACUCUCUCCAUGUUGAAGUCCCGGAGAACCAAUGUCAGGAUCAAGUCUGGAAGUCGAAACGUCGCUCCGCAUGAUGUUCUUAUCCGAAGAGAUUCAAGAAGAAACUACGUGCGACAAGAGGUAACAGCUGCACCUUUUAAUGAUGGACACCAAUGGAGAAAAUAUGGGGAAAAGACCAUCGCUGGCUGCAUCUUUCCGAGGGGCUACUACAGGUGCACCUACAGCAAGGAUCAAAGAUGUGAAGCGAAGAAGCAUGUGCAACAACAGGACUGUGGCGUCCCUUCGUUGUUUCUCGUCAUCUACAAGGGAGAACACACAUGCAAAUCUAUGGUGCUGCGUGGCUGCCAACCACUAGAACAGCUGCAACUGCAGGGCUGUCGAGAAUACACCUGCAACCCUUCCUUCCCCUUGAAGCUUACAGCAACAGCAACUCCACCAGCUCACUCAUUCUCGCUUCGAUUUGAUUCAGAAGAUCGUUUCUCCGGCAUGAAUACUACGAGGAAAAGUGUCGAUGAAGGAACCAUUAGAUGGCAGGGUGAGGAAACACUACAGUCAAGCUUGUCGGCUGUAGUCACUUCAUCAAGCAAGGUUGCAUCGCCAGAUCUAACGUUCCUUGAAUCCAUGGAAACACUACAGUCAAGCUUGUCGGCUGUUCAUGACGUUGACGACGAAGGCUCACUAAGAUCACUCGGUUUCGACAUUGACUUGUUGCGAUCUGAUCUUGAUGACAUUGAUUUAUCCUAUAAUUCUGCGAUAAAUUAAGAGGUUAUCAUGAGAAAGAGACUUAGAGAGAGAGAGAGAGAGAGAG